AUGCUGUUAUUAAUGGAGAAGAGUGUGAUAGUCAGUUAUCAAAGCGAUUUGGAGGAAGCCGAAACGAUGCUUCUAGAAGUGCUAAAGAACGUCAACACUGAAACGAAAGUGACAGCUGCAACUCAUUACCACUUCCUUGUAUCCAUGAUUCAUGUACAUCUUUGUGGAUUCUAUCGGCGACAGAACGAGCUUGAAAAAGCAGAAAGUUCUAUCGCCAUAGCUGAGCAAAAUAGCCGAAACUUGAAGUCACGUUAUUUAAAGGCGCUUAUUCUUUAUGAAAUGGCGAGUAAUCAGACAAAGAUAAUCUCUACUCUUUCGAUGACAGCGGGUGGCCGCGAGAAACGUGUGUCUCUUGCAAGAAACUACAUGAAGAAAUGCAUCAGUCUCUCUGCUGAUCUUGAUGGCUGCAAAGUUUACCUAAAAAAACACCAUUUUGGCCUUCUAAAGCUCGCCUUAAUGGCCUUGAACUGUCGCACGGAAACUGCUCGUAGGCAAGAAAUUAGAAUCGAGUGUAUUGGAGAAGGAAAGAAUUGCCUUAAAACUGUUGAGGAGAGAUACAAGGAUGAAAUGAGUCAGGCACAGUUGAUACAAUUUCGUGUGGCGAAAGCUGACUUGCAUUGGAGGCAGAACAACUUGCUGGAUGCAGAAAUGAGUGUCGUUCACGCUCUACAUCUUGCAGAAGAAAAUGGCUUCACUUUGGAAAUAAAUGGGAUUAAGGAAAGACUUGAUGACAUUAAAUCAAGACUUCGUUCAAAGAAAACAACAUGUAUGCAGGCUUUGGAGAUUUCAGAAGAGAAUGCUGACACUGUCAUGCGGGAUUCUCCAUUCUCUUCAGAUAGUGAGAUGGACGUUGAGGAAGGUACUUAG